CAAAAACCGAAGGGGCUAUGGCCAAAUGGAUAAGGCGCCUGACUACGAAUCAGGAGAUUCCAGGUUCGACCCCUGGUAGCCUCGUUUUUUCGUCCUAUUUGUUUUUUGAUCCAGAUGUCAGUUUGAUGAAAUGUUUCGUAGCUUUUCCCCGCCUCAAUCCUAUUGCACUUAUCAAUCCGUUUGUCAUCUAAACCAUUGGUGAUCCAGCUCAGUAUCGACGACGACAAGUGUCGUCGUCAAUAUUCUGUGCUGGAAUUCCAAUGGCCAGAAUGUCAGAUUUGAGUACUCC